AGCUGCAAGGAUGCAAAAGAGCCACCAUAACAGGCAAGUCUGGUCCUUUUAUAUGUACUUCUGCCUUGCUAUUGUGGUGUGUGAGUCUUUCCACUAUUCAGUCCCUGAGGAAAAGAAAAGUGGGUCUCUAGUUGCAAAUGUGCUAAAGGAUUUAAAAGUGGAUGUAAAGGAGCUGUCUGCUCGUAGGGCCCAGCUCAUUUCUGAAGGCACCAGGCAAUAUUUCCAGCUGGAUCCACACUCUGGGAAUGUGAUAUUGCAGGACAGAAUAGAUAGAGAGGCUCUGUGUGGUCAGAAGGAUCCUUGCAUCUUGUUCUCAGAGAUUGUGCUGGAAAAUCCAUUGCAAGUGCACAGAAUUGAAGUUCAAAUAGAGGAUGUGAAUGAUAAUUCCCCCCAAUUCUCUAAAAAUGAAUUUCUUUUUGAAAUACCUGAGCAGACUCCCCUGAAUACCCGGUUCCUUUUGGAGAAAGCUGAAGAUCAGGACAAAGGGGAAAAUGCUGUUCAGAACUAUACGCUUAGCCCAAAUGACCAUUUUAGACUGGAUGUGCAAAGUCGCAGUGAUGGGAGCAAAUAUCCAGAAUUAGUACUGGAGAAGCAGUUGGACCGUGAAGAGAACGCACGGCUUUUCCUGAUUCUGUCUGCUGUUGAUGGAGGGACCCCAAAGAGAACAGGCACAGCAAAUAUAGUCAUUCAUGUUUUGGAUGCCAAUGAUAAUGUCCCUCAGUUUCAGCAAUCUCUGUAUGAAGUGAAACUAACAGAAAAUGCUCCCAAAAACACACUUCUGACUAAAGUUGUAGCAGUUGACCAGGAUUUGGGUUCCUAUGGGGACAUCACUUAUUCCUUUAGCCAGGUGCCAGAAAAUGUGCUCAAAGCAUUCAAUUUAAACAAACAGACCGGGGAACUUAACGUUGCUGGAGCCAUUGAUUAUGAAGAGGAGAGAAGUUAUGAGAUAAGCAUCAAAGCCACGGAUGGAGGGGGGCUCUCUGCUUACUGCAAAGUCAUGGUGGAGGUUGAGGACAGGAAUGACAAUCCCCCAGAGGUGACCCUCACAUCCCUCACUAGCCCCUUACCAGAAGAUUCUCCACCAAAUACUGUUGUGGCCCUUUUCCGUGUAACAGACCGAGACUCUGGAGAUAGUGGCAGAACUGCCUGCACCACUGACACAAAUUUGCCCUUCAUGUUAAAAUUGUCCGUGAAUAGCUAUUACCAGCUGCUGACUCAGCAGUCUCUAGAUAGAGAAAAAGCAUCAGAGUAUAACAUCAGCAUCACAGCUACAGACAGGGGUUCACCUAGGCUCAUUUCAACAAGAAUAAUUAAUGUUCAGAUCUCAGAUGUCAAUGACAAUGCUCCAGUAUUUGAGAAGUCAACAUAUGAAAUGCAGUUAUGGGAAAACAACAUUCCGGGGCUGCUGAUAGGGUUGGUCCGAGCCAGGGACCUGGACACAGAGCGGAAUGCCAAAGUAAUGUAUUCUGUUUUGCCUGGGAAGGUCAGCAAUCAACCUUUGUCCUCUUAUGUCUCCAUCAAUUCUGAAACCGGGAAUCUCUAUGCCAUCCGAUCUCUGGACUAUGAGCAGGUGAAAGAUUUCCAUGUGACUGUAAGAGCUGUGGACAGCGGUUCUCCUCCCCUGAGUUCCCAAGUUAUGGUCCGAGUUGUCGUCAUGGAUGAAAAUGAUAACACCCCGUUCAUCCUCUACCCUCUUCAGAAUGGCUCUUCCCCAUCCAAUGACCUGGUUCCCAGGGGGGCGGAGGCUGGUUACCUGGUCACCAAGGUGGUGGCAGUGGACAGAGAUUCCGGUCAGAACUCUUGGCUUUCCUAUGAGCUCCUGAAGGCCACAGAACCGGGUCUGUUCAGUGUGGGGGCCCAGAAUGGAGAAGUGAAAACCAUGAGACCAAUUAACAAACGAGACUCUUUCAAACAGAAACUUAUCAUUGGAGUCAGAGACAAUGGGCACCCUCCCCAGUCCACCUCUGCAACACUAAGCAUUCUGCUAGUGGAUGGCUUUUCUGACCCUUAUAUGAAAAUGGUGGAUAUUCCAAAGGAGGAUGUGGUGGAGGAGAAAGACCAUACCCUGACUAUGUAUCUGGUCAUAUGUUUGGCUGCCAUCUCCUUCAUUUUCCUGCUUUCUGUGGUGGUGGUUGUUGCCAUCAAGAUUCAUAAAAGGAGGAAGUUCAUAGAGAGUUCUGCCCUGAAUUUCCCAGUGGGACCAGAUUUCCCAGAGAACUGUGGAGCUGCUGAUGCUGGAUCCCUUUCCCGGGCUUACAAGUAUGAGGUGUGCUUAGCUGGUGGGUCUCUGAACAGCGAGUUCAGGUUUCUGCGGCCUCUCUUCCCUGUGUUUUCUAUGGAGCCUGCUCAGUCCCAAGGAGUUCAAGGAAUUUCUCCUGGUUCCCAAGAAGUGUCCGGUCAUCAAGAAGGUCAGCUUAUGAGUCAGGUGAGAAUAAUUAAGUUAAUAUAA